GUUAUCUGUCAAACCCAUGUGUCAUCUCCCUAACAUCGCGAUAGGUCUCGCACUGGUUUCAAUUUUUCGUACAAUACAUUUCCAUUAAAAUGUCUUACACGUGUAUAAAUUGCAACGUGAAAUUCCAAAAUGCCGACAUACAGCGCGAGCACUACAAAACCGACUGGCAUCGCUACAAUCUGAAGCGCCGCGUCGCAGAAUUGCCGCCCGUGACAGUUGAGGAUUUCAACAAUCGCGUAACCCAACAAAGAGCGCUCGAUAUCGAAGCUUCCCAGGAAUCGACCCUUUAUUGUAACGCUUGUCGCAAGCAGUUCUCGUCACAAAAUGCCCACGACAAUCAUUUGAACAGCAAAAAGCACAGGGAGAACCUGGAGCGCUUCAACAAGGAGAACGUGGACGGUAAGGAACUGACCACCAAGAGCAUUGUGCAGCCCAAGCCCGUGGCAAUGCAACAGGACGAAGAUGUGGAAGAGGUAAAAUCUGACUUUGAUGGUCGCUGGCAGGUUGACUCGGACGAGUGGGAGGAGAUGGGCGAGAACCCGAUCUCGUCGAAUGGCUGCAUCUUCUGCGACCACGUCAGUGAGAGUUUUGUGGACAACAUGAAGCACAUGUCCGUAGCACAUUCCUUUUUCGUUCCCGACGUUGAGUACUGCGUCGACCUCGAGGGGCUGAUGUUCUACUUGGGGGACAAGGUCACGAACGAUUUCAUUUGCUUGUGGUGCAACGACCGGGGCAAGACUUUCUACUCCCUCGACGCCGUCCGCAAGCACAUGAUCGACAAGGGCCACUGCAAGAUGAUCCACGAAGGAGUCGCCCUGGCAGAGUACACCGAGUUUUACGACUACAGCUCAAGCUACCCAGACCACGAAGAAUCCAUGGACAUCGACGAAGAACUCCAACCAGAAUUGCUCGACGGUGACGAAUACCAAUUGGUGCUUCCAUCAGGCGCUGUUAUUGGCCACCGCUCCCUCAUGCGCUACUACAAGCAACGUCUGAACCCGAACCGAGCCCUGACCGUAUCGAAAUCCAAUAAGAAAUUGCACAAAGUCCUGUCGGAAUACAGGUCCCUCGGAUGGACGGCAACUCAGCAGGAAGCGGCUGCCCGAAAGGCUCGUGAUAUUCAUUUGAUGAAGCGGGUCCAGGCCAAGUGGAUGAUGAAAUUAGGAACGAAAGCCAACAAAUUGCAAAGGCAUUUCCGCCAGCAAGUCAACUUCUAGGCAAAUUCUCCCCAAACAAGGGUUCGUUGAUUUUUUAUUGUAAUUUUAUGAAGCGAAACAAAGUUUUUCUCCGGUA